GGGGGGGGKGUUUGGAGGGGUUGCGGACGUCAACGUCCGAAAUGACGGGUGGUGCCGGCGGUUCGGGGGGCAAUGACUUCGUUCCUGCGAGCGAUGGACGUGUUCGUUGACCUUUGGAACCACACGGAUUACGAGUUCGAGAAGCGACAUCACCGCGGUAUCGUGGCUUACAUGAGGGAGCACGAUAUCGUGGAUAGAGGAGCUGUGGACGUCCAGCGAGGCAGUGGCAGGGGGAGGACGGGGGCGUCGCAGUCGCAAGCAGAGGAGCUCGAUCCUGUGGAUGAGGUGGAGAGGUUCCUGGACGAGCAGGCCAAGCGAGCAGAGGUUGGGGAGGGUGGAGGGACAGCCGCAGCAGAGGAUUUGUCGGGGGAGGAGGUGGUCAUGACUGCGCGAGGGAGAAGCGCGGCUCACCAUCAUAAGGGGGACUCACCGGGCCCAGCGGGGAAGAGGCCGGUGGGCAGUGGAGUUGAGGGCGUGCCGCAAGCGCACAAGAGACAGCGGCAGUCCACUCUUGAUGAGGUGUACGAUCCAGAUGGGCAGGCCGCAUUCAGGGACACCUUUUUGCAGUGGUGCUACGAUAGUGGUAUACCAUUUGCUGCUUUCAGGAGGCCGUCAUGGUAUAGGCACAAGAAGGCAUUGGCCGCCAUGUCUCGCGGAGUGCGGCCUGUCUAUCCGUCCUUCAAGGACAUUGGGGACGGUGGUAUCGAUGAUCAGCGGGGGAAGGUUGCCGCGAUGUUGAGGGAGGUCCGUGCUUCGUUCGAGUCGGUGGGGGCCACCAUUUUGUCGGACGGUAGGCAACCGCGAGACGCGAGGCCUAUCGUCAACUUCCUUGCGGCCGCCAAGCGCGGCGCCCUGUUGUACGCCACCGUCCAGCGAGACGGUUCAGUGGCCGAGACGGCAUGGAUCGUCCUGAGGAGAUGGAAGGCCAUUUUUCGGUCUUUCCCUCCGAAGGACGUGUUAGGCAUUUGCACGGACUCUGCGUCAAACUAUACGUCCGCCGCAAAGCUCCUUGCAAAGGACCCCGAUCCGGAGAUCCGCCGUAUCACUUGGCUCCCCUGUGCCACCCACGUGGCCAACUUGAUGUUGUCUGACAUCAGCACAGGGGUUCCUUGGGUUACGGAGACCAUUGUCAGAGCUCGAGCGUUGGUGCGAUUCAUUAAAUCGCACGGCGCGGCUUAUCACCUUUUCAGGGUGAAGAGUCGUCGCUGUACGCUUGUGCACCUUGUGGGGACGCGAUUCGCGUCCGUUUUUUUUAUGUUUGUGUGUUUGCUCGCCAGGCGUAACGCCUUGGAGAGCAUGCUUCAUGACGACGAGUGGGACAAGAUCCCAUGGGAGUCGCCGAAGCGCAGACAGGCUCUCUGGGUUCGGCAGGUCAUCCGGUGCGCCGAUUUCUGGCGCAACGUUCAGUAUGCUGUCUCUGUCAUGACCCCUGUCCACCAGCUGUUGAGGAGAUUGGACAGGGGCGGCAUGAUCAUGUCCAUGAUGUACUCAUGGUCGCAGGAGUUGGCGCGACAGGUGGCUGCUGUUGACGUCCCUGAUGACAUGCGGAGGCCGUGCGUGGAGGCGGUGCAAAUCCGCACCAUGCAUAUGCUUGAGCCGGCGCACGCUGCGGCGCACCUGCUCAACCCCCGCAGGCGCUCCCUCCGUUACUACGAGUCCGCCCGCAGGACAGUUGCGGACCUCGAGGUCGUUACCGAGUGCGACUCGUUUUUCUUGGCGCAGACAGGCGAUGAUGCGGCGGGGGAUGCAUACUUGCGGGUGCGUCAGCAGAUGCGAUCCUUCCACUCCAGGGUUGGCCACAUGACGGACAGGGUGACGAGGGACGCCGAGGCGGAGGCCUAUGUAGGGGACGAGGAGACGAGCAGGUGCGCGUCAUGGUGGGUGGAGCACGGCGCAUGCUUCGCGGACUUGCAGGAGAUCGCUGGCCGUGUGAUGCACAUGUGGACGUCCGCCUCUCCUGCUGAGAGGAAUUGGGCAGAGCAUGAGCGCAUCCAGACGGCCAAGCGCAACAAGCUCAAGUUCAGGAAGGUCGCGCAGUUAGUUGAGAUUGCUACCAAUCUCAAACUACUUGGAUGCAGCAACCGCAGCGGGGGGUACGUUCUUCCGUGGGGCCACAUGUCGACCCUAGCUGAGGCGCGCCCUGACGAGUACACACACACCCCGACCACCGCCGACAGGGAUGAGGAGGAGGAGCCUGAGCCAGAGGAGUGGGGAGCCCGACCUCAGUCGGCAGUGGCCGCACACGAGACGUCAGAGCAGGAGUCAGACUCGGAGGAUUGGCCGCCCGGUGUAGAUAAGAGUGCCGAGAGACUCUACUACACGUACGGUGCAGGACCGGACGGUUUUCAGCCACACUGCACCGUCAUUCAGGAGAGCGACGACGAUUCUGUUCCCGCUAGUGGGGGUGGUACUGGCGGGCCGACGGGACGUGCUGCACGCGGCGCGAGUGGAGGUGCUACAGGCGGGCCUAGUGGAGGGGCCACACACGGCAAGGGAGGACGUACCUUAGGCAGGGCAGGUGCUGCUGUACCUGCUCAGCCCACUGCUGAGAGAGAGGGGGAGUGCGAGAGGGCGGCCUGCACGGACGACGACGACGACGAGCUAUUGGUCUUUCACAGAGCACGCAUGGCAAGCGACAGAGCUCCGUCCGCCACCGAGGGUCUUAGGAGAUCAGUGCGGUUGCAGACGCUGGCCGACUCGUCCACGGGCGCCAGACGCGAGGUGUCCGACCACCUGGAUGACAUUGCAGCCAAUGAGCAUAUGCCGAGCGAGCACACGCCCGCCUCAGCACCUCCAGGGGACAGGGAGCAGACGGACCUACGCACGAGUGACUUUCCUAGAUUCGGACAUGGAUGUUCUGACACCGGUCUUAUAGGACGGGGCCACAGGGGAGAGAGAGUUGGGGAUGACAUCGAGUAUUGUCCUACGGAGGCCAGUGUAUCGGAGUCGACGGAGGAGCUCCAUGCCCGCUUGCAUCGAGAGGAGGAGCAGCAGCUGGAGGUGUUGCAGAGACAAUGGGCGGGUAGAGCCGCGUACGUGGCAGAGCAGCAGUGUGCUCGGGACUUGGAGACUGGUGCUGCAGUACCUGAUCCAGGCGGGGUGGAGCAUCACGAUCCCACAGCCCCGCAUCCAUUCGCAGCUUACCCUGCACAGACUGAGGAGCACGGUGAUCCGACCGUGCCAGAGCAUGGAGAUCCUGCCGUGUCCGACGUCGUACUUGGAUUUCGUGCGGCGGACACGUUGCAGCCCGAUGAUGUACGAACUGAGGAGGCCGCAGUUCGUAUGGAGGGCGAUUCUGACGAGCAUUGGGACGAAGGCCUUGGACCCGGUGAGGAGGCCGAUGAUGGGGCGGAUACUGCGGGACGACUUUCACCGUCACCUAGUGCCGGUCCAGGACCAUUGUCACACGGCCCCAUUGGGGGUGACGACAUGGACCUGCAGGGUGAUGAUCCGGAGGAGGUCGGAGGCAGUAUGUCUUUGGCGUUAGUGUUGUGGGAUCCUUCACCGGUGGCGCACGACGUUCCGUCGGAGCAUGUCGAGGGAGGAGGCGGUGCCGAUGAGGAGGAGGAGGAGGGCGGUAUACCACCUCACCUUCACGACCACGCCAGUGACGCCAGAGCAGAUAUGGAGGAGGGGGGGAUUACACCGGGGCCACUCGACCCUGAUGCGUUGCAGCAUGCACUAGUGGAGGAUCCGAUUAGCAGGGGAGUUGCAGGAUCUCUUGGGGUCGGGGUUCGAUCGCCUCCGUUGUACACACCUGUGACCCCUCGGUAUUCUGGCUCUCCGGCGAGCUUGGAGCGCGACCCAGGGUGCACACAGGGCUCGCACCACUUCACUCACACCUCCAUCGACCGUGCCCCGCAGCACUCCGACACCAGUCACGGGUAGAGCUGCAGGGAGAGGCCACGUGCCGACGUCGUCGUCACCUCGCCUCGACACACAUCAGCCAUUUCACCGUCCGUGGAGCACAGUGC